AUGGAAAAGGCUGAUCUCGAAACCUACCAGGUCCAACUCUCACAAGUAGAAACUGCCCUCGCAGAUGAUCCAAAUAAUGCUGAACUGUCUUCUCUUCGCUCAGAACUCAAGGAGCUCAUUGAGCUCACUCAAGCCGCCCUAGCCCAAGCAGCAGCAGCCUCUUCCUCACGCAAUGAAUCCGCUCGUAAAUCCAACUCCUCCGCGGCGACGUCGCAGAUGUGGGAAGCCGGGAACGAAUGUCUGGCGAAGUAUUCGACCGAUGGGCAGUGGUACCCCGCGAGAAUCACAUCUGUCGGUGGGUCACCCGACAAUCGUGUAUACAGCAUCGUAUUUAAAGGGUACAACACGACGGAACUGGUCAAGGGGUCGGAGAUCAAGCACCUUCCUCCUGGCUACGCUGCGACUGCCCCAGCUGCGUCAAAUAAGCGCAAGCUGAGCAAAGUAGAGGAAGAGGAGAGGGAGCGAAAGAAGAAGAAGAACGAGAAGAAAUUGGAGGUGCGCGCUGCCAAAGCGAAGGAGCAAGUCCAGAAGCAGGCGUCGUGGCAGAAAUUCACGAAAAAGUCUGAGAAGAAAGGCGUGCAUAUAGCUGGUGUUUCUGGAACGAGCAUCUUCAAGACCCCAGAUAAUCCAUUAGGACGAGUUGGUGUCACGGGCAGUGGGAAGGGCAUGACCGAGGUAUCGCAACGAGGCAAACACAAAUUCGUAGCCGGCGCGGAUGAUAAUCCAUAA